AUGGAUUCCAAUCAACAACCAACGGAAUUACCUGUAGAAGAUGAAUCCUCAGUCGUUUUGGAUAAUCUACACACAAUAUUGAAAGCAGCUAGUUUUAAAUGCCAUGUUAUUCAUGAAAAAUUUCCUAACAAUUUUUUUGAAAAUGAUGUUAAUAAAAUAUAUGAUUCAUAUUAUAAAUAUAUUAAAAAUAAAUGUAACUCACAAGGUCAUAUAAAAAAUGAGGAGAAAUUAAAAAAUCAAUUAACAAGCAUUGAAGAAAAAUUUGAAAACAAAGAAUAUUCGAUUGAAAGUAAUGGAUUUUAUAAGUUAUAUCAUGAUAUUAAGUUAAUUUGUAUGAUUUUAAUUAAUUAUUAUAAACAAGGUAGUAGACAAUAUCUGAUGGUUGAUAAAUUCUAUAAAUUUUCUAGUGAAUUAAUUAUUAGAGAAUGCUAUAGAUUUAAUACCAAUUUUCUUUCCAAUAAUAAUAAUUCAAAUGAUGAAACAAAUUUCCCUCAAACUAGCGAACUAGAAAAAAUUAUCAAUGAAGAUUAUAUUAAAAUUAGUAGUAGUUAUCAAGUUGGUGUAAUAAAUAAUUAUCAUAUUAAAACUGCCAAUGAGGAAUUAUUUUCAUCCAAGAUUAAUAAAUCCGAAUUAGACAAGAGAUCUGAUGAAUUACCAAAUACGAAUUAUGAAAUCAAUAAUAUCUUACCAAGUACUCUAUCAAUGAACUUGAAUAACAAUGCAUCUAAUAGAUUGGGGUUUUUAACUGGGAACAUCAGUAAUAUUCCUGAUCCUACGUUGCCACCAAGAGAAAUUAUUAGAGUGGAAAGAGAGAAUAAUUCAUCUAGCGGUACUGGCAGUGGCAAUAGUACAAAUGGUAUGAAUUAUUUACAUCCUAAUUGGUAUUUGUUGCCUAUAACAGUAUGGCUAAAAUAUAAUGAAGAUUUUAAAAACUUGACGCCAUUUGUUGAUGAAGGUCAUACAGUAAUUGAUUCUAUUAGUCGUAGCACUAUGUGGUUAAAGAGAAUAGGCUAUGGAAAUUUACCACAAGUAGCGAAAAAUAGAGAGGAAAGGAUACAAAAAGAUAAACCAGUACAAAAGGAUGAAACAAUAAAGGAAAAUAAAAUAAAUGAUAAACCAGAAACUAUAGAACCAACUUCUAAUGAGAAUGACAUACAAACUUCCAAAGAGAAUCAAGAUAAUGAAGCCAUCUCUAUCAAAUUAGAAAAUCUAUUAAGUUGGAAACCUGAGAAUUUUGUCAGCCAAAUAGAAAUCGAUAGUUUCAAAGAUGGUCAAGAAAGUGUUUCUCAAUUAAUUAAUAAAAAUAUCCAAGAAAUGAUUAAACUAAGAAAACAAAGAAUAAGAAACGCUACCAAAGAUGAUAAAGAUACCAACAUCCCUAAUAUGAAAGAAAGACAAAUAUAUUAUCAAACUAGACGAAUGCUACGAGAACUACUUUCCAGCACAGACACCUCCAACACUAAGAUCACCAGUCGUGUAUCAAGGAUGUUUCCAGUUUUGCAAGCCAACUAUAACGGUAACGUACCAGUUGUAAGGCAGCACGUAGGGAAGAAGAGAAAAAAUAAGCGCUAA